AUGUACCGACGAACGCUAUGGACAGGCUCGGUCUUGGCCGCUGCACUGUUCUUCACCAUCACAGAUGCAGCGGUUGUCAUCCGCGCUGCCCCUCUUCCCGAAUCCGUCAAGCUCGUACGCAAGGCGGCGGCGGAGGAUGGGAUCAAUCUCCAACUCAGCCUGAAACGGCAGAACAUGGAUCAACUCGAAAAGUUCCUGCGGGCUGUCUCGGAUCCAUUCAGCCCCAAAUACGGCCAAUACAUGUCGGACGCUGAAGUUCAUGAGAUCUUCCGACCUACGGAGGACUCGUUCGACCAAGUUAUAGAUUGGCUCACCAAAUCGGGGUUUGGAAACCUCCAUAUCACCCCACAGGCGGCGGCAAUCAACGUAGCCACUACAGUCGAGACGGCAGACCAGCUGUUUGGAGCAAACUUUUCCUGGUUCGACGUAGAUGGAACGCCGAAGUUGAGGACGGGAGAGUACACGAUCCCGGACAGGCUGGUUGAGCAUGUGGAUCUAGUCAGUCCCACGACCUACUUUGGUCGGAUGAGACCUCCUCCACGGGGCGACGGGGUGAAUGACUGGAUCACGGAAAAUUCGCCCGAACAGCCCGCCCCCCUUAACAAGCGGGACACCAAGACCGAAUCUGACCAGGCUCGUGACCAUCCGAGCUGGGAUUCGAGGACGCCGGAUUGUGCCACGAUCAUUACCCCGCCGUGCCUAGAAACGGCCUACAACUACAAGGGCUACAUCCCUGAUCCAAAAUCGGGGAGCCGGGUCAGCUUCACCAGCUUUCUGGAGCAGGCGGCCCAGCAGGCGGACCUGACAAAGUUCCUUUCCCUCACGCGCCUGGAGGGGUUCCGUACACCGGCGUCGAAGAAGAAAACGUUCAAGACGGUGCUGAUCAAUGGCGGGGAAAGCCACGAGGGCGUCCACAAAAAGAGCAAGACGAGCGAGGCGAACCUGGACGUGCAGUGGCUCGCGGCGGUGACCCAGACCAAGCUGCCGAUCACGCAGUGGAUCACGGGCGGGCGGCCGCCGUUCGUGCCGAACCUGCGGAUACCCACUCCCGAGGCCAACACCAACGAGCCGUACCUCGAGUUCCUCGAGUACCUGUUCCGACUGCCCGACAAGGACCUGCCGCAGGUCAUCUCCAACUCGUACGCCGAAGACGAGCAGAGCGUGCCCGAGGCGUACGCGCGGCGGGUGUGCGGCCUGCUCGGCAUCAUGGGCCUCCGCGGCGUGACGGUGCUGACGGCGAGCGGGGAUUCCGGGGUGGGCGCGCCGUGCCGGGCCAACGACGGGUCCGGGCGGGAGGAGUUCUCGCCGCAGUUCCCCAGCUCGUGCCCUUACAUCACCACCGUGGGCGGCACGCAAGCGUGGGACCCGGAGGUGGCGUGGAAGGGCAGCUCGGGCGGGUUCAGCAACUACUUCCCGCGGCCGUGGUACCAGGUCGCUGCGGUGGAGAAGUACCUCGAGGAGCAGCUGGAUCCGGCGGCGCGGGAGUACUAUGAGGAGAACGGGUUCGUGCGGUUCGCGGGGAGGGCGUUCCCGGACUUGUCGGCGCACAGCUCGUCCCCGAAGUAUGCUUACGUGGAUAAGCGCGUGCCGGGGUUGACGGGCGGGACGUCGGCUUCGUGUCCUGUGGUGGCGGGUAUCGUGGGUCUGCUGAACGAUGCGCGGCUCCGGCGAGGACUGCCGACCAUGGGAUUCAUCAACCCUUGGCUAUACGCGAAGGGAUAUCAGGCGCUGGAGGAUGUCACAGGGGGGGCGGCCGUGGGAUGUCAGGGUAUAGAUAUCCAGACAGGGAAAAGGGUGCCAGGCGCUGGGAUAAUUCCAGGGGCAUCAUGGAACGCAACUCCAGACUGGGAUCCGGCUACUGGACUAGGUUUGCCAAACUUUUGGGCUAUGAGAGAACUGGCCCUGGAAGACUGA